AUGAGAAUAAAAUUGCAGAUUAUUUUGCUUAUUCUUAUUCUGCCCAUGGAGCCAAUCAAGAGCAAGAAAACAAAACGAGUGAAAGUAAGAUUUCUAACAGUUUCUGUAAUUCCCAAUUCUUCACAUUUGGAUUCUUGCGAGGCUGGCAUUACACCUGGAUCGAAAGGUCUAAUGUUUGAUUUUAAAGGUCACAUAACGACCAAUAUAAUAAAAGACUUUAGUGUUGAAUUGCAAUUUUUUACGAAAAGUAAAAAAGAAGCUGAUUACAAUAAAUUCUUCACUUAUGACUUUGAAUUGUGCAAACUAAUGGAAGGAUUUAUGAGUCAAACUGUUGCAAGAUUAUGGGCACAGAGUUUGAAAAAAUUUAGUAAUUUUCCAAUUAAAUGUCCAAUAAUGGCGGGUGACUAUUACAUUAAAAGGAUGAAAGUUGAUAGAAAAAGCAUUCCUAUGGUUGCCAUGAAUGGAUUUUAUAUGGUUAAGGUUCAAAUGUAUAUUAAAAAGGAGCCGGCUAGAGAUGUCUUUGUCAAUGCUACUUUGGAGGCAGAAGUUACACUUUAA